GUGAGUACAUUUUAAAAGACACGAAUGGGCCGUGGUAGACCUGGUGAGUCUUGGGCUGGGCUACGCCACACCACAUAACAGCUUGCGGCGGUCGGAGAGAUGAACGGGAUGGAGUGCGCGGCGAAAGGGAGCGGAAAACGGUGCGGCGGUGCCGCCACGCGUAUGUGCACUCGCUGCGAAGCCGUCGCUUAUUGCUCUCUUUCUCACCAGAUUGCACACUGGAGUCGUCACAAACACGAGUGUGAUAGGUUGCAACAACAGAUGAAGAGUGUUGAAGUCCUCAACGAUUUUCCCUUCACUUUCUCUCGCGAAGCCAAGUUUCAGGUUUGUGUGAAGCACGAAGGUAGAUGUUCAUUUUUGAGCAACAGAGGUCUUCAUAAAGUGGGAAUGUGGAUGCAUGAAUGCGGUUGUGGGGCGUCAUCUGCUUCAUUUGAUUGUUUAGGGUUUCCUCUCCCAAGUGUUUUAUGUCCAUGUGGGCCAAACUCUCUGGGAUUAGAGCAAUUGCAUAGUUGGAGAGACUACUAUAAGUGGAGAAGCAUCCCACUAGACUCGCCUGUUGCUUUGCUUCUUCAUUGGCCACUUACAAUAUAUCAUGCUGCUCGUCUUGUUGGAAUUACAGCCUUGAAUCCUGAAAUCAAUGAAAAGUUGUACAUACAUUACCUUGGACCUGAGAAAGAGUUGCUACAACUUGUUGUGUUUGGAGAAUUACUGGCACUCUUCCCUGGUUUUCAUGUUCAUAUAGAACUUGUUGGACCUGCAAUUCCUCCUCAAAGGGAUGGUGAGAAAAUUCAAAUUUCAAAGUAUGCUUGUUGCAAUGAAGAUGAGUGUGAGUGCAAAAUAGCAAUUAAAAAUACAUAUCCUGGAACAGAGUCUGGUUCAGCAGUGACAUUGCAGCUUUGGCGAGGAUUNUAUCAUGACCGAUAUAGAGAUAUUGUUAAGGAUUCCUUUCCUCACCUAAUAAUUGCUCCAAAUGGUGGCAUUGCUGCUUAUUCCAGUUGGUUACCAUGUAUUGAGUUAAUUGAAAAGAUUGGCGUCCCAGCUGUUUUUACUGAUUAUUGCGAGGAAGCAUGCCAUCUUGCAGCAAGUUGUAUUAAGACUGUGUCUGACCGUCCUCCGAAAUUGCCACUACCCACUACAGUUAUUCUAAAAUUUCCGCUCCGCAUGAUAUACAUCUAGGAUUGACAAGGUCUUAGUUAGAUGGUAGAUUUGAUUUGAAGUAUCUCCAUGUAUAGAUACUGAACCACAUAAUUCUCAAUCAAAUUAUAAAAGUUGAACUAUUUCGUGAGAGA